GCCGCCGCGUCGUCGUUGUGCCGCAGCCUGGUGAGAUAGACAAGAAGACGGCGACGACGAAGAAGAAGAAAAGAAGUCGAAUUGCACACAGUUCAUUAUUAAAUUCUCAGAUUACGUCCCAGCGCGGCUUUAGUAAGGUAGAGACUGUCGGUCUGACCGGAUAACAGCAGAAGUGUGUGGCAACCGCGAUCCGAAGGGUUUUGCCGGUGGAUCAACACGCGUUAGUGCGAGAUCGCGUCGAUAGUUUGAACAUUGAGAAGAAGUGAAGAGUUGGUGGAACAAAUCAGCAAUCAGCAUCUUCCGUGUUUCAACUUGGGCGCAAGAGUAAAUUGUGGGCUUUCGCAAUCGAAGGCAGCAAAAUUGCUAGGCCGAGUGUUUUUUUUUUCGCGUAGAUUGAAAGGCAAAGCAUAGAGUUUUUUUUAUAAAUAUAUCAUAUUGUGUGUGUCGAUUGUAGCUAGUUUUCAGUUUUAAUUAUACGCUACUUCAAAUUCAAACGGCGAUCUUGAAAGUCCAGGCCAGGGACAACACUUCGAUUGCAGUGCUAUUGCGAAAUGGGAAAAUUACAGAAUAAAUCGCUGCUAACAGUGAUUGUAGUGAUUAGUGCGAUUGGCUGUCACGCGUAUCAGCAAUCUUCUGGUAGUGAUUAUGGUGAAAACCUGAGUCAGCAUCCUGAUAAACGACUAGUUCACCGCCAUCAUGGUCAUCAGCACCAACAUCGGCUCAACUCGAUAUCCUUAGGACAUAGGAAUUCCUCUCGCUAUUCGCUAAUUGGACCCUUUGGCGCGGGAAACCAUUAUCAGCCACAACCAACAGACAAUUAUCACCAUCAGCAUCACCAUCACCAGCACCAUCAGCAGGCUGGCCACGCUGCACACCAACCAAGAUACCCCGGUGUGGUGGAACAAAUAGACCGUCGAAACUCUAAUCCGGGUUUUCGGUGGAAUCCCUCUACGACUGAGCGGAGCACCACUGCGAGAGUUUUAACUAACCGAGCUGGGAAUACUGCUGGCAUAAGGCAUGUGAAGCGUAUGCUGAAAAACAACAAUCAUCACAGGAACAUUACCGGCAAAAAUAUUUGCACCGAGAAGCAGGUCUACAAGAUACCGAUUGUGAAGCAAUUUGUCCAGCCUUGCCCGGACCAGAAGCUGUGCAGCGGUUUUCGCGCCAAACAUGAGCCGACCUACCGGGCAUUCAAGAGGGAGGUCUAUGUUUGCUGUCAAGGAUGGGAAACUACCACGACCGUUGCUGAAGGCUGUUUUAAGCCUAUCUGCAAAAACUCGUGCCGCAAUGGAGGCACCUGUACCGCUCCGGACACCUGUACCUGUACUGCUGGAUUCACGGGAGCGCAGUGUGAACAGGAUAUUAACGAGUGCAAGAUCGAGAAACCGUGCGAUCAAACGUGCUACAAUACAGAAGGAUCGUACUUCUGUACGUGUAGAGAUGGCUUUAUGCUGCAAGCCGACCGCCAGAGUUGUAAGCGAAUCGAAAUGGUGAACGAUGUUGCAACCGAGGCCAGAGAUAUGGAAAACGAUGUCGAUUACGAUAGUCUGGAUACGCGAUUAACGAAGCUGGAGAAGAUUAUCUACAGUGAAGAUCGCAGAUCCCAAUCGCAGAACCACGAGCUCGACAAGAAGGUCCAGUACGCGAUGGAUGCUGUUUCUUCGUUGCGGUCGCAAAUUUCACGAUUGUACCAAAAGCUUUACCCGAGCGUGGAUUACGGGAAUCGGAUCAACUAGUGAACAACGAAACUACGUGGGUUGUUAGACUCGAGACCCCGAUUCUCUCUCUAUCUCUGGCGUAGGAUGUAUUUAUUGUAAUUAAUGCUAGACCGUGUUUUUUGAAAGUAAGAUUGCAACCAAAUGUGUUUCGUCUAUGAGGGUCCCACCGUGUGAGAUACGACAAAACUGCCCACGAUAUCAUUCGUAACACGUAGCAUACCAAAACCACAUUAUCCGUUCUAGGAAAACAGGAAGCUGUCAAUAAGGCAGUCUGAUCAGUCCAGAAGCUGGAUUUUUUGGCAUAAAAUAAAAGCACCGCGUUUGAUAUGUUAAUACCUAAGAAAAAAAUCUAUAUUUAUUGUCCUUACAAAUCUAAGCGACAAUACACGAAUAGAAGGAAGAUUAAAUGUAAAAAUUUAUUGAAAUAAAAAAAAUCCAAUUUAAA